AUGGCUAAUCAGGAAGACUUUUCCCUCAAGGAAACCAGCCCGAACAUUAGUGGCCGGAGGGUCUCCUCCGGUCCAGUGUCUAAUUUUGAUCUAGUGGAGCACAUGCACUAUUUGUAUGUGAGGGUUGUGAAAGCCAGGGAGUUGCCACUUUCCUGUGACCCUUUUGUUGAACUGAAGCUUGGAAACUAUAGAGGUUGCACAAGGCCCUUCCAGAAGACUCCAAACCCAGUAUGGAACCAGGUGUUUGCUUUCUCCAAAGACAGAAUCCAAGAUAUAACUAUGGAGAUUUUGGUGAAGGACAGGGCUGUUGUCGUGGAUGGUCAAGGUCCAGCUACCAUUGGCAAGUUUUCUUUCAUUGUUCCUGAGGCUCCAUUGAGAGUUCCACCGGAUAGUGCUUUGGCACCGGAAUGGUACAGACUUGAUGGUCCAAAUGGGGUUAAGAUUCCUGGAGAGUUGAUGCUGUCCUUUUGGUUUGGAACGCAGGCAGACGAGGUAUUUUCAGAAGCUUGGCAGGCUGAUGUUGCUGCAGUCAGUGGGGAUUGUGUUUCCACUACGCGUUCCAAAGUUUAUCUUUCACCUAGGCUUUGGUAUCUUAGAGUGAAUGUGAUAGAAGCUCAGGAUCUGAUACUAAAAUUCAGUAAGGUAGAGACAUCACAGUUGUUGGUAAAAGCAUAUCUUGGAAAUUUGAGUACGAUGACUAGAGUUUCUAAAAAUAAAAGUAUAAACCCAGAGUGGAAUGAAGACCUAAUGUUUGUUGCAGCAGAACCAUUUGAUGAUCCGUUGAUUGUGAGUGUGGUGGAGUUGGUGAACGGAAGGGAUCAACAUUGUAUAGGGAUGUGUGUGAUUCCUCUAAGCGAUGUGGAGAAGAGGAUCGGUGCUGCUCCUCCUGCGAAUAAGUGGUAUAAUCUUUCUGUCAUGGUUCAGGGCCAGGAGACUGAUGUGAGGUUUGCUAGUAAGCUCCACAUGAGGGUUAGUUUGGAUGGGGGAUACCAUGUUAUUGAUGAGCCUAUUAGUAAUAUUAGUGAUCUUCUCCCAUCAUCAAAGUUACUGUGGAGACCUCCUAUCGGGGUUCUGGAGUUGGGAAUCUUGAGUGCUACUGGACUAUCACCUAUUGAGAACAAUAAGCCUUCAAAUCAAGUCUGGCCAUAUUGUGUGGCAAAAUAUGGGACUAAGUGGGUGAAAACAAGGACAGUUGUUGAUAGUUUGGCACCAAAAUGGAAUGAGCAAUAUACCUGGGGAGUCUACGAUCCAUGUACUGUGAUUACCAUUGGAGUUUUUGUCAAUGAGCAUCUACAAUGUGGUAAUGAUAAAGAGGACUCAUGUAUGGGGAAGGUAAGGAUUCGUCUAUCUACUCUCGAAACUAAUAAGGUUUACACAAAUUCUUAUCCCCUUGUGGUUCUAACACGUUCUGGUUUAAAGAAGACGGGUGAAAUCCAACUGGCUGUGAGAUUUUCUUGCUCAUCUCUGCUUAACUUGCUCAAUCAAUAUUCACAGCCUCUGCUCCCCAAACUGCAUUACAUUCUCCCUCUAUCUACAUUUCAGCUUCAUAUCUUGAGAGACCAAGCGGCUCAUGUCAUCAGAUCAAGGUUAAGUCGGGCUGAGCCACCAUUAAGGAAAGAGGUUGUGAAUUACAUGCUGGAUGCCAAUGCACAUCAAUGGAGCGUUAGAAGAGGCAAAGCCAAUUACACCAGGAUCGUCAAACUCUUUGAUGGCUUUGCUGCUAUUUACAAAUGGUUUGAGAAUAUCCGCAAAUGGACUAAUCCCAUUGUCACGGUGAUCGUCCAUAUUUUCUUCUUGCUUGUGCUUUUCUUUCCUGGUGUGUUACUUCCCACUAUUCUUUUCUACUUCUGUGGCAUAGGGAUUUGUCGAUAUCGGACAAGGCCAAGACAGAUUGCAUACAUAAACACCAAAUUGUCUAUUGCCUCCAACAUAACUUUAGAAGACUUGGCUGAAGAGUUUGAUCGGUUUCCAUCAGAACAAACUAACAUUAUUGAACUAAAAAUGAGGUACGAUAAACUUCGAAGCCUUGGGGGAAAGAUUCAGACAUUGCUGGGUGACAUAGCAAAUCAAGGGGAGAGAGUUCAAUCUUUGGUGAGCUGGAGGGAUCCAAGAGCUACAUGUAUGUUUGUCAUCUUUUCUUUUGUUGCUGGGGUAAUAGCUUUCCUUGUCCCUUUCAGAGUCUUAGCCAUUGUUGCAAUCUUUUAUGAGCUAAGGCACCCGAGUUUGCGUAUCGACCUCCCUUCAUUCCCACAAAACUUUCUCAAGAGGAUGCCAGCCAAAUCUGAUACCAUGAUUUGA